AUGGUGGUGGCAGCAUUAGCGUUGGCAUUUGCAGUUUGGGAACUAGCAAAUGCCGGAACAGCAUUUGGACCUCCUAAAUUAUUAGCACAACCGCCGGAAGAGGUCUGGUACCAACUGGACGAUAAUCUCAGCCCCCAUGCUCGGCCAACACUGAAAUGCCAAGCGUCAGAGAACGCAGAAUCAUUUGCAUGGUUUAAGAAUGGAGUGCCACUGAAGGUUGGCGGCGACAUCGAAUGGGUUCGAGCUGGCCAGUCCGGAAGUAUACAGUUUGUUCGACCACGAAGACAUCACGAAGGAUACUACCAAUGUUUUGUUUCGAAUAUUUUUGGUACUGCCGUCUCAAAUAAGGUUCAUUUAAGGCUUGGAGCGUUGGAACAUUUCCCACAACGACCGGUACGACGAAUUCAAGUGAUCGAAGGCGAAUCGCUUACCGUCGAUUGUGUUGCUCCACGUGGAAUUCCGCCACCGACGUUAUUUUGGCUUUACAGGGACACAGAACAGGGAUCAGUGAUCGAGACGAUCCGAAGACGUCAUAUAACUGUCGAUGGCGAUGGUAGACUGCAAUUCUCUUUCGUAGAACUUCACGAUGGACGACCGAAUCUCGUGUACGAAUGCGCUGCCGCUUCUCCGGUUCUGCACGGAGAGUAUCGAUCAGGAGACCAUGUGCAGUUAGAAGUGACAAAAAGAGAAGGACCAGUCGAGGAAGAGGUUCAUAAGCUGUACGUGAGUCCUGGCGAAGUAACAGUCAAGGCUGGAGGUACGCUGCGACUGCAAUGCAUCUUCGGGGGAAGUCCUCUUCCUGUAGUCUUCUGGUCAAAAGUGGAUGGGAACUUACCAAAAUCACGUCUGAAAGAUCUAACAUCACCGGAAAGCGACUACGGAAAGACGUUAUUGGUAGAGAAUGUUCAUCCGGAAGAUGCUGGACGAUACGAGUGUCGAGCAGGGGAUCUCUCCCACUCAGUGAAUGUAAGAGUUUUGGCUGCCCCAUAUUGGGACUUCGAUCCUCCAAAAGACAUUGAACAAUCGGAAGAGAGCACCACUGAACUGGAAUGUCUUGCUUCCGGGCGUCCUGCACCCAUAGUGCGCUGGAGUAUGAACGGAAAGCCGCUACACGAACUCGGAGAAGAUCCUCGCCGACUGUUACUGGACAAUGGUCGCGUACUGAGAUUAUCCUCACUGAACCACGAUCUCGACACUGGAGUUUAUCAAUGUAAUGCAUCCAAUCCACUGGGUUACGUCUAUGCCAAUGCAUUCGUGAAUGUCAAAGCUCAUGCCCCUCGUUUUCUAAUGCCUACGCAUCGAGUUUGGAAGGUUGUACUGAGAAGUACCGUUUCCUUGAACUGUGAUGUAGAAGCAGCACCGGAUCCGGUCGUGAGAUGGGUGGACGCCGAUGACACUCCGCUACGGGUUAUCGAAGGGAAAACACAGCUUCUCGCAAACAACACCUUUAUCAUACACGACUUGAGCAGUGCUGAUGAAGGUCUAUACUAUUGUAAUGUGUCAAACAAGUAUGGAAUUGGGCGAGCAACGAACAGACUUCAAGUGUUUAAACCGACAUACUUCGUUAAAAUUCCUUCACCACAGAAGUUGGUUCUAGAAGCUGGGAGUUCAGCAGAGCUUCAUUGUGAAGCUGUAGCAGAUCCGCGAUUGGAAAUUCAUUACAAGUGGACGAUCAACGGCAGGCUAAUAAACGAGAGCAGCGUAUUUCACGUGCUCUCGGAUCGACUUCGCAUAAAUUCCGUUAGAGGUAGACAUUCGGGUACAGUUGACUGUGCUGCAAUUACCGACGUUGACGUCAAGUUGGCGUCGAUGAAGCUUAUUGUGAAAGAUGUUCCUGCUCACCCAAUAGUGGAGCCAGUAAUAUGUUCCGAAAGAAAGGCGGUAAUAAAAUGGAGAGCUGCUGAUGAGCAUGGUGAUCACAUCAAAAAGUACACCGUUGAAAUGCAUACUGAUUUCCGAAAGAACGUCUGGGAGCGCGUUGUCGACGAGUUGAAUAUUGAAAAGGAGUUUUUUGAGGCUGACGUCACUCUAACUCCUUGGGUAAACUACACGUUCCGUGUUAUCGCCGAAAACGCUCACGGACGUUCGGACCUGAAUGCCGCUCUAGACGACGAAGAUUUGAUGCAGACGGUUUCAUGCCAAACGAGGCCGUCGUUCCCCUAUUCAAACCCAUCAAAUGUUAGAGCUGAUGGCACCGAGGCGGAUAAUUUGGUUGUUUAUUGGACCCCUAUGGACAAAUAUUACUGGAAUGCACCUAAUUUGCAGUAUCUUGUGAGGUACAAGUUGAAUGAGCCUCAUUCUGCCUGGACGGAAUUCCUUGUGGAAGACUCUAUGGCAAAUCAUACAAUCAUUCGCGAACAGCCAACCUUCCGCGAAUUUCUUGUACAAGUUCGCGCUGUUAAUGCUAUUGGUCCUAGUAUUCUGGAGCCUGAGACGAUAAAAGGAUUUUCAGGAGAAGAUGUGCCCGAAUUUCCUCCUAGCAACUUCAAAAUUGAAAAGGUGGUGAAUUUUUCGUCUGUAAUCUUUGGGUGGGAACCCGUACCUGAAUCCAGUGUGAGAGGCCACUUCCGAGGCUACGAAAUCGAAUUUUGGCGUGAUACUCUCCCUGCUCGUAAAUACCGCUUGUUGAUUCCUUCGACGCAGUCCAAAAAGUUAAUCACUACUCUCUCCGCCAACUCGAACUAUACGGCGGUGAUUCGAACGAAAAAUCGAAGGCACGCUAGCGAACCGAGUCCAGCUAUCCAUCUUACAACUCCUGAAGGAUUGCCUUCUAAGGUUCACAAUAUGCGGGUAUUCGCCGUGGGAGCCCAUGCAAUUCUCACGUUAUGGGAGCCGCCAAAGCAUCCGAAUGGACAGCUGCGAGGCUAUUUUCUCUCCUUUGAGAGCGAAAAAAACGAAACCGAGGAGACCUACGUGUUGCAUCGUCAGAUGGCCUACUUGCACGAGAAAUGCGAACCAGAUUCCGUUUACAAAGUGUCUGUAUGGGGUGAGACGAGCGCUGGCGAAGGAGCGAGGACUGUGAGACCUGUAAGAACCUGGCCGACUAGAAAUCCUGAUCCCCCUGUCUUCGAAGUCAAGAACGUUUUGCUGGAUCGGGUGGAAGUGGAAUGGAAACCAUCAAAUCACAAUGUUUGGCGAAUGCCUGGAUCUGCAUUCUUUGUGAACUACUCAUUAGCAGAUUCCACGGAAUAUUUCGAAUCACCUAUGAUCUACCUUCCUCAUGAACGGCUAACUAUAACCGGUCUACGUGAGGGUUCAAAGUACCAGCUGACUGGUGUUUCGAAGGACGGAAAUCGUAUGUCCUAUAGUCAACCGAAGUUUGUGACCACGAUGAGCAGUGAGAGCGUCUCUCAUCUAAAUCAAGAAUCACUGCGGAACGCCGCUUGGUUCAUUGCUGUCCUCUGUGCUGUAGCAAUCGCUCUCCUUUCUAUACUUGUCACGUGUUGCUGCGAAGAAAGAAGAGGAGGGAACUACGCCGUUCGUAGGAAGGAAAUGGAGAUUGGUCACCAGUUGGAGACCGAUGAAGAACGACAAUUUCUUGAGUAUCAGUAUGGGUAUAAAACGUAG